AUGUAUGAGGAUAUUGUGAACAGAAAGUUUCGACAAGUUGUAGUCUCACCUGAGAUUGCCAUUUCAACUUCAUUUCAAAAGGGAGUUACGUCAAAGGAAGGCUUUUACACAAGGUUGCGUGCGCUUUGUAUUGAUGAGGCCCACUGCAUGACAUUGUGGGGAGGAACCUUCCGUCCCGAUUAUGGAAACCUUGGAAUAUUGCGUGGCUGCUUUCCCAAAAAUGUCCCAAUUGUUGUUGCAUCUGCAACACUCCCCGAUCACAUCCUAGAUGAUAUCCGUCGGAAGUUGCGACUUUCACAGUCAGUGAAAGUCAUCAGCGUAUCAAAUGCACGCCCCAACGUUGCGCUCUCUGUUAGAGCAAUGCAACAUUCUGAUGAAUCCAAAGCAGACUUACAGUUUCUCAUCCCCAAGGAUGCAUCAAAGCCGGAGGACAUUCCGGUGACAUUAGUUUACUGUAAUCAACGGACAGUUGCUGAAGAUGCUGCUGAUCGCCUUCGUGACUGGGCUGAAGAUUGCGGAAUAGCCCCAGAUUGCAUUGCCCUCUACCACUCAAAAGUUGGCCAAAAGCGAAAGCGGGAACUGGAGGAAAAACUCCAAAACGGUGAAAUCAGAAUCUUGUUCUGCACCGAUGCAGUGGGCAUGGGUUGUGAUAUGCGAAAUAUCUCACACACCAUCCUUUGGGGUCUUCCUCCAUCAUUCUGUGCUCUUGUUCAACAAGCGGGUCGAGCUGCAAGAGAUUUUAGCAAGUUAGGAGAGGCCAUCUUAAUCGUUCCAAGCAGCGUGGUAAAAAAUGGAACGACAGAUGAAGAGGUUCUUGCCUGCUUGAAAGAAAUGGCUGAACUACUGAGACCCGAGGCAGAGAAUCAUGGCAGUGAUGUUGAAGAGGUUUUAGCCAGCGAAGAUAUCACGGCCCUUCCAGCUGAGGUUGUCAAUGAAGAGGGCAUUCGCGUUCAAGCAGUUGGGGGUGAAGAAGAUUUCGAGCCAGAAGAAGAAGAUACUGUGGCAGCAAAAUCUCGGAAAAAGAAAUUUUCAAAAGAUACCAACACGUACGAGGCGCGUUUUCUCUCGAUGUUUGUGUCCACCGAUAAAUGUCGCCGGCAUGUGUGGGAUGCCUUCUUCAAGAAUGACAAAAAGCUCCAGCUCAUCUACCCAACGACAUCUUCAUUCCAGACCCUUCCCAAUACCCGCUGCUGUGACAACUGCACCCCCCGCCUCUUUCCUGUUGAGAAGAUUGCAGUUACCAAAACUCCUGGCCUGAAGCGGGGAAAAAAGAAACAGAUCCCUGAAAAACAAGAAAAGGCCAUUCGUAAUCAGCUCAAUGAGUGGCGAGAGGAAGAGCUGGUUGAACUGGUAUAUCCAGGUAUCGUGAGUAUUUCUGGAGCAACAGUGUUGGGUGACGAUGUGGUGGAGAAGAUUGCUACGUGUGGUGAGCGCAUUGAUACCUACUCAGAAUUACGACGACACGUCCGAUGGGCAUAUGGUCAUGAUCCAGUGGCAGAUGGACCGAAUGAGUAUGGAAAACUACUCCUAACCCGUUUAUCUCGCAUCUAUCAAGGAUUCGACGAAGCACUUGCAGAAGAGCAACGGCAACAAGCACUUGCAACCCCAUUCCAGGUGAUAACACCGGAAAGCUUCUAUGCUCAUUAUCCUGGAGGGUCUGAAGAAGAAUCUGGCGGACCUUCCAACGUAGCUGCUUCACAAACUAUCAGAGGGAAUACACGGGGGCGAGGAACAAGAGCACGGGGAAGGGCUAAUUGA